CUGGUGGGACCACGGCUGCUGGCCUCCCAGCACCCAUCUGGGAAGAUGAGCGCCUGUGGGAGGAAGGCCCUGACCCUGCUGAGCAGUGUCUUUGCCGUCUGUGGCCUGGGCCUCCUGGGCAUCGCGGUCAGCACUGACUACUGGCUGUACCUGGAGGAGGGUGUGGUUCUGCCCCAGAACCAGAGCACGGAGAUCAAGAUGUCCCUGCACUCAGGCCUCUGGCGGGUCUGCUUCCUCACAGGUGAGGAGCGAGGACGCUGCUUCACCAUUGAAUAUGUGAUGCCCAUGAACUCCCAGCUGACAUCCGAGUCCACAGUCAACGUUCUAAAGAUGAUUCGGUCAGCCACCCCGUUCCCUCUGGUCAGCCUCUUCUUCAUGUUCAUUGGCUUUAUCCUGAGCAACAUCGGACACAUCCGUCCCCACAGGACAAUCCUGGCCUUUGUCUCCGGCAUCUUCUUUAUCCUCUCAGGCCUCUCUCUCGUGGUGGGCCUGGUGCUCUACAUCUCCAGCAUCAACGACGAGGUGCUCAACAGGACGAAGGACCCAGAGACCUAUUUCAACUACAAAUACGGAUGGUCGUUUGCCUUUGCUGCCAUCUCUUUCCUUUUAACAGAGAGUGCCGGCGUGAUGUCUGUGUACCUGUUCAUGAAGCGGUACACCGCCGAGGACAUGUACAGGCCCCAUCCUGGCUUCUACCGUCCCCGGCUGAGCAACUGCUCCGACUACUCGGGCCAGUUCCUCCACCCGGACGCCUGGGUCCGGGGCCGCAGCCCCUCCGACAUCUCCAGCGACGCCUCCCUGCAGAUGAAUAGCAACUACCCCGCCUUGCUCAAGUGCCCCGACUACGACCAGAUGUCAUCUUCGCCCUGCUGAGCCUCGGCCGUCUCCCGCCCUGGACCGCGG